AAAGCGACGGCGCUAGCUCGGAAUUAAACAUCAACAGCUGGAAUAAAACUGCCUCAAACUCCGCCAGAAUGAAGGAGAAUUGAAAAUAUCUCGGCCGCGACUGUAAAGUAUGUCCGCUAACAUUUUUCUGACGAGGAAUUUAUCGAGUUGUGACUCUGCAGAAGUGAAUUCUUGCUGUUUUUUGUGCAGAUCUGCUGGGAAAACGACCAACACUUUGACUCUGCGGCUCCUGUAAACUGAAGCUAACGCUCUCGCCGCCGACAUGAGGAGCAAGAGGAAGUCUCAGGCUGCAGAAGACCGUUGUGCUCUGUGCAGUCGCAGUGAUAACGAUCCUGUCCACUUUGGGGAAAAGGUCACACUCAAACAGCACAAACUGACCAUCCACUACUUCUGCUUGCUGACGUCCAGCGGAGUUUACCAGCGAGGAGGAGAGGACGAGGGAGUGUUUGGCUUCCUGGUCGACGACAUCAAGCAGGAAGUGCGCAGGUCGUCCCGACUGACGUGCUCGGUGUGUAAGAAGAAGGGGGCGUCUGUCGGCUGUAACGUGAGCAGCUGCAGGAGGAAGGUUCACUUCCCGUGCGGCAGGAAGCAGGGCUUCAUCUCCCAGUUCAGCGGCCUGUUCCCGUCGUACUGCAGGGACCACAGCCCGGCCCAGUCUCUGUGUGUGAGCUCGGACCUCAGCCUGCCUCAGUCCUGCUCCGUGUGUCUGGACUCGCUGGAGCCCGUCCUGUCCCACGCCGUCCUCAAAUGUCCCGCCUGCCACGCCAGCUGGUUCCACAGGGACUGUGUGCAGCGUCAGGCCCACAGUGCAGGCCUGUUCUUCUUCAGGUGCACUCUGUGUAACAACAAGGAGAGCUUCCAGGAGGAGAUGCUGCGCAUGGGGAUCUUCAUCCCGGAGAGAGAUGCAUCGUGGGAGUUGGAGGCGAAUGCAUUUGCGGAGCUGCUGGAGGUUUACCAGCGCUGCGACGCUCACACCUGCCUCUGCAACAACGGACGCACACACUCUGCCAAGACUGGCUGGUUCGAGGUGAUCCGCUGCCGGCUCUGUGGAUCCAGAGGAACCCACAGGAAGUGCUCUGGGCUGCUGGUGGACACCAGAGACUGGGCCUGCCUCGACUGCACGCACGCCACCGACGGGAAAGCCUCCCUGGUAGGUUCUCCUCAAUCCGGUCAGAGGAGGAGUCUGCUGUCCAAACGCCGCCUCUCCUCCGCCCACGCCACCAUCAGCUGUAAAAGACCUUCAUUAUGUGACGGAUCAGCUGCAGAGCUCCUGCAGGCCCUGGCCCUCCAGCUCACCCCCCCUCAGGCCCAGAAACACCUCCUGCCCUCCCCCCCUCAGACCCAGACCCCCCCUCAGACCCAGACCUCCCCUCAGACCCAGACCUGGUCCUCGUCCCCUCAGGGCCUGCAGCUCCGUCCUCCCGGUGUCCCGGUGACGGUGGCGGGGGACCAGGCUCUGUCGGCCGGCCUGGCCCUGGUGAGGAGCAGCGACUUCGACCCCACACACUCCCUGUCCGUCAGGUUCACUGACGGCCAGCAGACUUUUCCCAGCUGCCUCGGCGGUGGCGGCGGCGGCGAUGAUGACGCGGCCCGGCGUUACUUCCUGAAGCUGCUGGUCCAGCAGAUCCAGAACUCGGCGGUGUUCGAGGGUCCGGACGGCUCCAAAAACCUGGCGCUGGACUCACAGGCCCUGCGGGAGGACCUGUACUUCGACGUGGGCUGCCUGCUGGCUCUCUCUCUGGUCCACGGCGGCCCUCCGGUCGGCUUCUUCUCUCCCGCCCUCUACCAGUGUCUCUUCAACUUCCCGCACAACACGGCGCUCACCGUCACACACAUGACGCCCGACACACACUUCACACGCCAAGUCAGCAGGAUUGCAGCGGCCGGCUCGUUGGAGGACCUGAAGGAGGCCAUGGCGGCGAGCUGGGAGUACCUGGAGCUGGCCGGCUGCAACCGACCAAUCAGCAGCCUGCAAGAGAGAGGCGCCCUGGUGGAGGAUCUGGUCGGCUUCACCAUGAUCACCAGGAUGCAGCUGCCGCUACAGAGGUUUCGUGAAGGCCUGCGAACGCUCGGCGUGUUUGAUCAGGUCCAGCUGUUCCCCUCCGUGUUCUCCCGUGUGUUCUGCGAGCCGGCGGAUCAGCUGACGGCUCAGGACGUGGGCCGGCUCUUCGCCGUCGGCUUCUCCCCGCAGGACGAGCGUCAGGACAGGGAGGCGCCCGUCGUCACCUUCUGGAGGCACUUCCUCAUGGAGUGUGAAGUUGGGCGGAGCUGCGUCUCCCUGCAGGACCUCCUUCACUUCGCCACGGGGGCCGCCGGCCUCCUCCCCCCUCCCUCCCUGUCCUUCCUCCACCCGCUCGGCGCCGGAGGGGGGGGCGGCCGGAGGGACGAGGGGCUGUUCCCUCAGAGCGAGCCCGGCUCCCACCACCUCCUCCUGCCCGUCACCUCCUCCUACCAGGCCUUCAAGAACUCCAUGGAGCAGGCGGUCAGCCACCGAGCGCACCUCCUGCCUGCAGAGAGGUAGAGGAGCACCGGGGGGGGGGGGGGGGGGGGGCAGGGAGGCUUUUCACACCUUUCUGAAACCUUGAAGCUGAUGGACGGAUGGAUGAGGCGAUGAAAGCUUUAUUUUUUAUUGUUUUUCAUUUUCCCUUUCCUCUAACUAAGGUGAUUUUUUGUUUGUUUGUUGGUGCUAACAACAAAAACACAUGGUGCUCUUCAGAAGCUCCACCUCUCAGUUUGAGGACUCUUUACCUUCAUAUUCAUCUGAUGUGCUGAUUUACUGGUGAGCAGCUUGGAGUUUGGUUUGCUGACGACGUCGCUUUUCAUUUUCUUUCUGCUGUGAAUUCGCUGGAAAGGAAAGAUCCUGCCCAGAAACCCUCUGCUCAGUGAGAAAGACCUCCAGCACGGUGCGCUCACACUGACAAACGUUUCCUGAAGCCCAGAGGAAGCUCACUUUUUUAAAAACUGUGUUCAGACGUCUGGACUUCUGUGAUCGUGGACGUGGAAUCCUGGCCUCAACACGUUUCCUUUGCAGAGACGAGGUCGUGUCCCAGGAUCGGAUGAGACUCGGGUCAGAUCAGAGCAGCGGGGCGUCUCUGAAGUGACGAGUCCCAGUCAGACGUCAUGGUGCUAAUUUUGACUCUCGGCUGUUCUCAGCUCUCUUGUAUGUAUUUUUUUUAUUGUACAUAAAUUACUUUUUUUUUUUUAUCCUUUGUCACCUCGGAUUCCUCUAAAUGUUUGUAGAGACGCCGGCCAUUUUG